GAACUUUGUCACUGUAGCUUGACUGUAACUGUAGGCUGACAAGGACGGUAUUUUCUUUGGAAGGAUCUUAGGUCAAAAUAUAUAAAAGCUGAUUUUUUAAAAUCAUAUUUCUUAAAGUUUCAGUAUAGGUGGAGCAGGAGAAGCAGGAGGCCAUGGAGUCAGACAGCACAGAUGACAUUCAGUCUCUCAUGGAGGACAUGGACUACAUUCCUGGCCACUUUCACCUGGACCUCAACCUCAACUGUGAUCCUGUUGGGCCUGUGAAGCUAAGACUCAGGGACACUUAUCUAAAACAGGAGAGCCUGCGAGGCGAACUAGAGGCUGAAGCUGGAUAUCUACAGUACGCUGUCCGAAAUCUGCUGGGUCUGCUGGCUUUCCACCUCGAAGAGUUGGACAGGGCCGAGGAAAUAUUCAGAAGCAUUUGUAAGGAAGACCCUGGUAACCUCAAUGCCUGGGCCAACCUGGGCUACGUGUAUGACAAGCUGAAGAGAGAGCUGGAUGCAGGGGAGUGUGUGGAGAAAGUGUCCCAGUUUAUGGGCUUAAAUGCUGGAGAAGCUUCUCAGGAAGAGACCAGGCUCCUGGCGGCUCGCUGUCUGGCUGAGCAGGCCUAUGUGCAUCCCCAUGAUGUGGAGCUGGAUAGUGAGGAUGACCUGAGGGAGAGACUGACAGCAGCAUUGACACUUUACAACAGAGCCCUGGACUAUGGGGGUCAGCUGAUACCAAUGGAGGAAAAACGAAGCUGGUAUUUCAAAAUGGCAGUCAUCUAUAUAAGACUGGAUGACAUAGUAAAGAGCAAAGAGGAAUCCGAAUACUCCAGACUCUCUCACUACAAUAAGGGACUGACGCUUCUCAAAAAAACGCUAGAAUCUGAGAAAACACAUCACAAAGCUCUAGCCUGGUGUUAUGUUGGCAUCAUGUUGGAGAGGAAGGAAGAGUUCAUCACUGUGCCCAUGUCUAUACAUGACUGUGGCUUCUCAGCCUCUGAUCCUCUAUCCUGCUAUGGAACUGCCAUAAAUCUGGCCAGUGAUGAUGCACUCACCCUGAACCUUCUGGCAAAGGUCUUCUUUCUGCUGGGCAAACAUGAGAUGGCCACAGGGAUCUGUAACAUGGCCCUAAAUGUGCUCCCAGACCCAGAGAUCAACUGGCAGGCCUACUGCACUCGUGCCAAGAUCAAUAUGAUGCUCUACGUCAGGGACCUGGAGAGGGCAAAACAUGGUCAAGGUGGAAUCCCAGACAGACAGAAGCUAACUGAGACCAGAAAAGACUUGGACAAAGUCUUAACAGUACGUCCAUGUCUGAGAACUCACCUAGAGAUGGCACAGGUGUAUUACUACAUGGGUGUAGAUGCCCUUCAGGAGAGUCUGUUGGUGGAUGAGGGGGCAGUGAACAGUGCGUUGGUGAGUCUGUCCCAUGCCUUACAGUUUGAGCUGGGUGACAGCUUGCCAGACCUCCACGUGCUCAGAGGUCGCUGCCUCCUGAUGAAAGGUGAGGAGCAGAAUGCUGCAGACUGCUUCAAACAUGCUGUGGAGUUAGAGAGACCAGGGAGCACAGACACAACAGCCCUGCGCUGCCUCCUACAGGCCCUCCUGGCUCUGUUCAUGCAGGGAGGCCCUGACCCCAGCCUUGCCAUCACCCAACUGGAACUGUGGGUGCAAAAGGCAGAGGAGAAGUUCCCUAAGGACAUUGUGAAGGCUGAGCUGAGAUGCCUUUACAGGACUCACACAGAAGAGGUCACAGAGUUAUCCAAGGCUUUGAUCAGGACAGGCAGACUGGACCUAGUGAGGAGGCUACUGGAAACAUUGGUGCCUAAACAACUGGUUAAAAAGAGAUCAAUCGCAAGGUCUUUCUCCUUUACAUGAAGCAAAUAUGUGACUUUAAUAGAUAUACAGGCAUAUGACCAACCACUCAUCCAGCAUUUCACAGAAAAAAAUUAACAGCAGUGGGGCACUUUCAGCUGUAUUUACUGUAACAUUAAACUGUAUGUUUUUAAGAUGUUACUGUUCUAUUAUUAAAUUGUUUUUUGAAGGGG